AUGAAUACAGUACAGUUGACAGUAGAUGAUCGAUACGAGAUCUGUUUACCUUUUAAAGAGAAUCAUGCGGUUGUUUCUAGUAAUUAUAAGAUUUCACGUAAUCGAUUAAUAAAAACAAUAAAAAAACUUAAAUGUCAGGAUCUGUUGCAAGCAUGUGCUAACGUAUUUCAAGAAUGGUUAUCAGAGGGAGUUAUUAAGGUCGUCUCGAAAACUGAAAAUGAGGGCUUAAAUCAUUAUUUACCUCAUCGACCGGUAAUUAAAGAGCAUAGCACAACGGAGAUAAGGCCGGUCUUAACUUUAUGUAAAAAGGGUAGUCCUUCAUUAAACCAAUGUCUUGAAAAAGGCGCAAAUCUAAUUGAAUUGAUUCCUUCCGCCUUGAAUGGGUUUCGUGAAUACGAGAUUGGUGUUGUGUUGAAUGUGAAAAAAGCGUUUUUACAAAUAGGAAUCAAUCAAUCUGAUCGGGAUUGCCUUAGGUUUUUAUGGGUCAAGGACGGACAGCUGAUUACGUUUUGUCAUUCUAGAGUGGUGUUCGGCUUGAUAUGGUGUCCCUUCUUGCUGGCAGCUGUUAUCAAUUUAGUCUUGAAAAGGGCAUUAGAAAGAGCAAAAAUUAAUGACGAAUCCUGUUGGUCGAUUAGUACGGUGAAAAAUUAUAAACUGCAUUUUAUGUUGACAAUUGCGUGA